AUGGCAGCCUACUUUGGCUCUGGCUACAACCCUGCCUUUGGCUUAGAUCCCGGUCCGCCCCCUCCCGCCGCCGCCCAACAGGUCGCCGGCGCAGCAUCCCCUCCGGACAACGGUCCUCCGCCUCCAAGUCACACUCGCACCGACCAACCCUUGUACGCCAUGCAGAACUACUUCCCAUACUACUCAUACUACGGCCAACUCCAAGCUCCGGGAGCUUUUGGAGCACCCGCCCUCGGUAGCACCUAUGCCUUGGACGGCCGAGGCGGUCUGUACCAGUACAUCUCGGGCCUCAACGGGACCAACCGUCACCCUCAGCCGGCACCUCCCACUGACCCGACCUUCCCCGCGGCCAACCUCCUCAACGCAACCGGAGGCGCGGGUGCCGAGCCCGGAUACAACUACUUCUUCCCCACGGAACAUGCCAAGGUGGUGGUGCUCAAGUGCUCGAUCCCGCCGUGGAAGCUCGUGCCGGGCACGUACCGCGACAUACCCUUCCACGCAUGCAAGGUGCCGGCCAACAUCACCAUGGCCGAGCUGCUGGUCGGGUUUGGCGCUAACAACCCGGACAAGGGCAAGAACCAGUUCUGGGAGGUCUAUCCGCAGGGUGGCGGUCGCUGGGGCUGGAAGGAGCAUGUCGUGGGCGACGACCAGCUCAUGAUCAACAAGUCGGUCCGCGAGAUGGGGUGGGUUGAAAAGCGUGCUGAUGGGGAGUUGCCCACUAUCUACUUGUGGAUUACCAAGGAGUGA